AUGGAAAACCCCUCCUCCACCGUCCCCGAGUCGGGGAACACCAACAACAUGCGGGGCCAGUUGCCUCUACAACAAUUUCAACAGCCCAACGGCAACGGCGACAACAAUUCCACUUCGACUUCCACCAUCCUGCCGAAUAAACCCGCAUUUGUCCCAUCGAACUCGAACUCCAACUCCAACUCGUCGUCAGCGGGAACCAGCCGGUCGGGAACCAGGGAGGGCGCGAAUGCGAAAGUCGCCAUCCCGAGGCAGCGGUCCACCGUCGCCCCGCGCUACAGUCGCCGCGUGCCACGCGCGUGCGAAACAUGCAGAGCGCGGAAGACGAAAUGCAGUGGCGAUACCCCUGUUUGUAGACAGUGUAAGGAGUUGAGGGUCAGCUGUCAAUACCCGGUGUCGUGGAGGGAGCGAACAAAAGGGCAGCUGGAUAUCUUAUCGAUCAAAACGCAUGAUUAUGAGAAUCUCUUGCGGGAGAUUGGAAAUGUUGUCGACAGUCGAGUCUCGGAGCGUAUCAAGAGCGUCUUGGACAAGUAUGCCGUUGAAAACAGCACCGAAAGCUCCUCGAAUGACCCGCAAUCGUCUGUCACGCCCCGGGAUGAAGAAAUGGAUCAGGAUGAGCCGCCAUCCUCCCCGUCAUCCAUCGGGUCGCUGGAUGCGAUCGAUCGGGUGGAGGAGGAUUUGAAUCUCACGGAAAGCUCGAGGGCGACGGGGUAUAUGGGGAAGAAUUCCGAACUCACCUGGAUGCAGAGGUUACAGCGGGAGUCUGAGCAGCGCGUCCGGAAACGACCGGGGGCUUUGGAAUCAGAGCCAGAGGGUGAAUUCGCUCUACAUACCGUUAACUAUCAUCUCGAUGACAUGGAUAUCACCAUCCCGGGUCCGGUACAGGUGUACUGGAUGCCGCCGCGCCAUGUGGCAGACCAGCUAUUUGAAGACUAUCUGGCUACGAUCCAUCCAUUCUACCCCAUCAUCAGCCGCACGCUGUUCCGUGCGCAGUACAAGACCUUCUUCGAAAGCGCAGCGCGACCAGGUGAUAAAUGGCUUGCCAUCCUCAACAUGAUUUUCGCUAUUGCAUCCAAGCAUGCCCACCUCACCCAGGCGCCCUGGCGUGGGGACGAACGCGAUCAUCUGGUGUAUCUGACACGGGCUCGCAUCCUCAGUAUGAACGGUGAUACAUUGUUCAAUCACCCCGACCUGCAGCAGGUUCAGGUUGAAGGUCUGAUCGCAUUUUACCUUCUUGCAUCAGACCAGAUCAAUCGUGCAUGGAGAAUCGCGUCUCUCGCUGUACGAUCUGCGAUCUCUCUUGGGAUCAACAUGAAGAACACCAGUGCAACCACCCCUAAUAUCUCGAAAGAAGCGCGGUAUAGAGUGUGGUGGUGCCUCUACACGUUUGAACAUAUGCUUGGGAUAAUGACGGGCAGAUCUACAUGCAUUUUGGAUGGUGUCUGCACGACGCCCAUGCCACUGCCAUUUGAGGAGGAUCAGCUUCGCGAACCGUUCCCAGCCAAAUUAUUAGCAGACCCGGAUCUGCGCCAGGCGUAUGUGGGUUCGGCAUUGGCAAGUUCAUAUGUGCGCCAGAUGCCUCUAAAUCCACCUGGAGGCAAACAUGCUCAACAUACAGAUAAGCCACGAGACGCCAGGUGGUUGAAGAGCCAGCCUGCGAGUCAGGCCCUGGGCUUUUUGUUCUACACCGAUCUGGCUGUGAUCACUCAGGAAAUCGUUAAUAGGGUCUAUUCACCAGAUGUUGUGAUGACGCCAUGGGCUCAUAUUGAGAACCGCAUUGGAGAACUCAGGGCAAGGAUUGAUCGGUGGUAUCUCAAUCUGCCCGAGGUGUUCGACUUCUCUCGCCAGACGGAUGACCAGGAUGAGGAGGCUCUCCGUUUGAAGCUCUUCCUCGCAUUCCACUAUCAUAGCGCUCGAAUUACUUUGGGACGACCAUGUCUCUGUCGUCGCGACGCUCGUCCGAGAGAUCCUAGUAAGAAGCCUGCAUUUAGCCAUACAAUGGCGGAGGUAUCACUUGAUUCUGCUCGUCAGAUGCUUCAGUUGAUACCAGACCAACCAAACGCGAUCCGGCUUUACCAGAUUUGUCCCUGGUGGUGCAUAUUGCACUACAUGAUGCAGGCCGCGACUAUCCUUCUGAUUGAGCUAUCCUUUGGCAGCAUCCAUAUGCCUGAAGAGGAGCAGAAUUUCCUGGCGGCUGCCAAAAAGGCCAUCCGCUGGCUGUAUGCGAUGUCGGAAUGUAGCGCUGCCUCACGACGGGCCUGGCAGCUGUGCGAUAGCAAUCUCCGCCGGAUCGCCGUUGGCAUGAACUACGACGUCAGCGACAUGCCCCAGUUCGUCUAUGAAAACAAACCAGACCAGCCGAUCAACAUGCACCGCCAUGAUUCGCACCCACAAACCACUAAUAUCGCAUCGACUCCCAUGUUCUACAAUGCCACUGAUGACUCGGGCCUGGUCAAUGCCACGAACCAUUCUCAGGAGGCUUACCAGUAUUACCCGAAUCAGCAGCCCGCAUUUCCCGGGCCGCAAGGAAUGCCAACCCUUGAUCUCUUAUCUGCAGGGAGCAGCAACAACUCUGGCGAUGCAUAUUUCCCCUAUGACCCGAUCAGUGGAGAAUUCAUCCGGUCGUUCUUCCCGGCCUCCACCGAGGAGGAGCCGUGGACCCAGUGA